AUGAAAAAACUAAACAUUCGCCAAUUUGGUAUAGGAACAAUAAUGAAAUAUCGUCCAAUAAUAUCAUCAGAUUCAAAAUAUAUAUUUACAAUUGGUGAUGGAUGUGUUUAUGUUUGGAUUGUUAAAACAGGAGAAUGUUUAAGAUUAAUUAAUCAAACAACAAAUUCAAAUGAUCAACAAACAAUCGUAUCGAUUGCAAUCAAUCCAAAUAAUAGACUUCAAUUAUGUGUUGGAGAACAAAAUGGAAUUAUCAAUAUUUGGGAUUAUGAAGAUGGAAUUCUUAUUCAUACAAUUAAAGUUGAUUUGGAAAUAAUUGAUUUAUAUUCAAUAACAAAUAAUGGUUUAUUUGUUUUUUCUAAAAAUAAUAAAAAUGUUUAUUCUCUCUAUCGAAUUGAAUCCAUACGUCAUAAUUGUUCGCCUCUCAUAGUAUUUGAUAAGCUUCCAUGUUUACCAACGAAUAUUUCAUUUGAUCAAAAAGGUGAAUUAUCUAUAUUUAUCAAUGUCGAUGGAACAAUAAUUUACUUAUUAAAUCUAAUAAAUAAUCAAAUAAAAAGUUUACCAAUAACAAAAAAAAAUUUAUCAUAUCAUGAUAAAGUAACAUGCGCACAGAUUCAUCCAAAUCAAGAAUGUGUUGCUUUAGGAACACAAUCUGGUAGAAUUGCUCUUUGGUAUAAUUUUGUGAAUUCGACAACAAAAGAAACGACGGUUUCAUAUUUACAUUGGCAUUCAUUACCUGUUAUUUGUUUAACAUUUUCAUUUGAUGGUUCAUAUUUAUUAUCUGGUGGUCAUGAAUGUGUACUUGUGAAAUGGUUUUAUAGAAAAAGUGAACCAACAUUCCGACCAAGACUCGGUUCACCAAUUAUUCAUAUUACUUCUUCAAAUGAUCAAACAUUUUAUGUGUCAACUCAUUCAGAUAAUUCUCUUCAUUUAAUUGGAAGUAAUUUAUCAAUUCAACAAACGAUUGCCGGAAUAAAUCAUAUGUUUCUUCCUCAACAAGCUUCAUUACCAGCUGGUAUUAAUAUAUUUAUACGUCAACAAGCUCUUGUUAUGAAUAGUGGAAAACCUGGUUAUCUUCAAUUUAUGUCAAUUGAAAAUGGAAAAUUAAUUUUUAAUUUGGACAUUGUUGGAGAAAAUUAUGUUUCACCAAAUGAUAUAACAGAACAAUGUCUUUUUACAGAUAUUAAACGUCUGGUUAUAGAUCCAACAGACACAUGGUUAGUUACUUUUGAAGAACGUUCAUCAAAUUCAAAUUCAAACACAGAUGAUCAUCAAAAUGAAAGAAAACUUCGUUUUUGGAUGUUUAAUCAGAUAACGAAUGAAUUUGAAUUAAACACGACAAUUUUAUAUCCGCACGGACAAGAAACAUUAAGUCAAAUGUUAUUUCAUCCAAAUAAACUUGAACUAGCAACAACUGGAAAUGAUGGAUUUCUUAAAAUUUGGAAUUUUAUUCAACAAAAUCCAAUAACAAAACGCGUAUCACAUUGGCGUUGUUUAUCUGGUCACACACAUCGUUCAUAUUCAAGCUCAGCAUUAUCAUAUUAUAAAUUAUCAACAUCAAAUGAAAUGAAUUUAUGUUGUUCAUUUGAACAUUUAGUUACUGUUUGGAUUGAUAAAAUCAAUGAUUUAAAUGAAGAAUCUCGUUAUGAAUAUUCAAGUUGUUUUGCUCAUUUUGACCGAAAAAAUUCAGUUCAAUUUAUUAUAUUUAAUAAUGACCAAAUUCUUGUUUGUCAUAAAACAUUAGUGAAUUUAUGGAACUGUUUAAAUGGACAAUUUAUUAAAUCAUUUUCAUGGCAUGUUCAUACCUAUGCUAAAGAUCCAAAAUCAUCUUUUGUUGCUUUAUUCGAUAAAAGUUUUCUUCAUUUUUAUUCAUUUUCUGAUGGAAAAUGUCAUUCACGUAAAAGUUCAUUAUUUCGACGUGUAACAUCUGCUUCAUAUAUUCCAAAUAAAAAAUCAUCGUCAUUUAUACCAUUUCAACAUUCUCGAUUAAUUUUUUAUAUUCCAGAACAAGGUUUAAAAACAUUUGUUGAUGAUGAUGAUGACGAUGAUAAUGAUGAUGAAAACAAUUUAAUUCAAAUCAAUCAAAUUAAAGAUAAAACAAACGAAGAAAAAACUAUUUUGGCUAAUUUAAUUCGUCAAUCUCAACAAUUUUCUCAACAAGAUGUUAUUGUUAAACAGAAAUCUUUUGACGAUUUAACUAAAUUAAAUAGAACAAUAAAUAAUCUUAAUCAACAAUUUUUAACAACACCAGCUUAUCUUUUACCAUCAAUUGAUAAUUAUUGUAUUGAUUCAUUGAAACGAAUGCUUUUACCAAACCAAUAUGAAAAUAAAAGUGAAACUUCUUUAAAUGAUGAUAUAUCAAUCGAUCACUUAUCAACAAUGUCUGUUGAUUCUCAACAAGAUUUAUAA